UGCCCAAACUUCUCCAGCUUGCUCCUACUUUCCACUCCUAGCUCCAUCAUCUCGCACCCUCACCCUGUGCUAGAGGCAUUCAGCCACCAAAAACCUGUUUUCACUGUCCCAGUUGCCCAGGAGCAGAAGUCCCGGUUUCCAGGCACAGGUCUCACUGAGGACUCUUGGGGGAGGGCUGCUCCCUAGGCUUCAGUUUACCCUUCUGUCCAGGGGAGGACUGGACUAAAGGUUCCUUGGCUGUAAACUUCCUUCUUGUUCUCACUUUCUAGGGCUGAGUCCAAGCUGUUCUAAGUUUUGGUCUUCCCAUACCCCCUCCUCCAAGGACAGUGGUGCAGUGCCACUGUGGCUGGCCUCAGGGUCCCUGAGUGCAAGGCCCAGGCCAGGUCCAUGUCUCUCUACCUCCCAGGGCGCGGUGCACGGGCUGGCUUUAGGAAGGGUUUACCCGGGCCUGGGGUUGGGCCUGCAUCUCACUUGGAGUGAAAGCCAGGUCCCCGCUGUGGCCUCCACACGUCCUACAUUGGCUCGUAAGAUGGGCCAGCCCUCCUCACCUCUACCCUGUCUCCUGCCCCCAGCCCCUCACCCACCACUUGGCAGCCACCCCCCACACACACACCCCGGGCCUCCACACUCCACAUUGUCCCCUGCAGCGCCCACGUCCUUGCAGCCCUCUCAGCGGGGCUCACCCUGACCACCACGACAGUGUCCUCGCCCUUGCCCCGGGCCUCCACACUCCACAUUGUCCCCUGCAGCGCCCACGUCCUUGCAGCCCUCUCAGCGGGGCUCACCCUGACCACCACGACAGCGUCCUCGCCCUUGCCCGCCCAGCUUUCCCUUCAGGACAUCACUGUCGCACACACGUCUCUUACCGUCUCUGUCCCUGUCUGCCUCCAGCCCAGAGUAUGAGCUCCUCGAGGGCAAGGCUGUUUGGUUCACGAGUAUUCCAGAUCCAGGAACAGUGCCAGGUGCAUAGUAGGUGCUCAACAGAUAUUUCUUAAAUGUUCUGGAACCAGACAGAUCACCUCUAAGCCGCUUCCUAGCUGUGACACACUGGUCAUACAACUUAAUCGUCCCUUCUCCGAGUCUCAGUUUCCUGAGCUGUGAGACAGCAGUCCCCAACCUUUUUGGCACCAGGGACCAUUUCAUGGAGGACAGUUUUUCUACGGACCAGGGAAGGGGGUGCUCAGGCGGAGGGGAGCAGCUGUACGUACAGACGAAGCUUGGCUCGCUUGCCCACCGCUCACCUGCCGUGCGGCCCGGGUUCCUAAGUUUCAUGGGAGACAAUUUUUCCACGGAUGGGGCAGGUGGCUCGGAGCUCAGGCGGCGAUGUGUGGCCCCUUCCUAACAGGCCAGGGCCUGGGGGAUUGGGGACCACCGCUAUAAGAGAUGUCAUGGGAAUAAUAAUAGCAGCUCGUCCUCAGAUUGUUGCGAGGUUUAAAUGAGUCAGUAUAUAUUAAGUGCUUAUACUUUAAGCUGUCUGUGUCGGCUAUCGCUAAUAAUACUUCAGCCUGCACCACUGUUGUCCCCAUGUCGCUGCUGAGGAGGUGGGGGCCCACAGGCAAUAAGUGGCCUGCCCAAAGCUUCCUGGUUGUGAGUGGCUGUGCCACCCGCACCUGCGCUGGAGCUUGGGGAGGGCAGGGAGUGAGGGCUGCGGCUGAGGAAGGGCCCAUCUCUCCUGGGAGUCUCUGCUCGCUCAGCCAGCUCUCUGGAGGCCACCACUUGUCCCUGGUGGACACCCAGCCAAGGCCCCUGGCCUGUCAGCCAGUGGUGGGUGACCACGUGCUCUCUGCCCUCCACUCCUGUUGACACCCCUGAGUGCCAGCCUCCCCGUGCAGCUAGGCUGGGAAGACCUCUCCAGCUUACUGCCCCCCCCAUGCCCCCAGGGGCCACCUUGGGCCCUGGGCCCUCAAGUGGCCAGGAGGGCCAGGCCCAGGGCUUCCACCUCCUCCAGGGCCCUGCUGGGGUGGGCUAGAAGAGACUGGAGGCCUGUUCUAGCUCUGGGCACCAGCUGCAGGCAGGCAGCGUCACAGGCUAUUAAUAGCCACCAAGGAUGUGCCCUGAGAAAGGGGCGCACUGUACACCAGCUGGGAGGGGAGGCUGAGGCAGGGCCUGGAGCCAAACAUGGGGCCUCAGAGCACAGGGAACCCAGGCUGCCCCUGCGGGGGAGGGCAGUGAGGAGGAUAUUGGGUUCUGGUUUCUGAGGCUUAAUCCUGGGAAAUGGGGUGGCUGGGUCAGACGAUCCCCACAGCCCCUGCCGGCUCCAGUGGGUCCUAGGGGUAAGAUUUAGCAGAGCUAAAUGGUCUUCACCUAUAGAAUAGAGAACCAAGGCACAGUGAGGGUAUGGCUUCACCCGAGCUCACCUGCAGGGUCAACGGCAGAAGCAAGGUCCUGGGCCCCGCCGUCCAGCAAACCUGCUGAGCAUCUGCUAUGUGCCCAUCAUGUUAAAUAGGCAUUCUCAGCUCCAUUUGACUGAUGGGCAAACUGAGCCUUAGGCAGGUGGCACAACCUGCCCGAGGUCACACAGCUAAGGGGUGGAGCCUGAAUCUGUGCCCUCUGAGGAGGAGAUUUGAGAAUGUUCUCUUCCUCCUUCUCCUCUUGAACCAGAAUAGAAUGUUUGGUGGAGUCUGAUUUGUGUCGAAGGACUAAGGAGGGGAAGAGGCCUUAUCCAGAGCCCCAGUCCUUCUGAUGUUGAGUGUAGAAUAAUGCAUGUGUUACAUGGGAACAUUUGUCAAGGGGGAAGGUCCUGGGCCUUAUGGUGACCCACGAAGGAAUAAGAACCAGUAGCUUGGCUCACUUCAUAGACUGGAAGACUGAGGAGGAGAGGGGAUGGCCAGGGCUCCCUGACAACCAGGGCACAGGCCAGAGUCUUUCCCAGCAGCUCUGGGUCCCCUGCUCCCUGGCAGUGAAUAGAGGAGUCCACGUGCAGGCAGACAGAUUUCUGUACUGAAGUGCUGAGCCCAGGGGCGAUGGGAGGCUGGGGACAUCCUUCAGGUGAGGUGUUUAGAGGCAGAGAGCCAGGCUGGGACAUCCACUUUGGGGACAUAGAAGGAGGUUCCUCUUCAGGCAGGGUGUUAGGGGGCUCCCAGAUGCCCCCACAUUCCUGAGCACAGUGACCCACUGUGGGCAUUCAGGGCAGCCACGAUGGACCAGUCAUCCUCCUCUGGUCCCUCUCAGGAGUUUGGCCUUGUCUGGUCCCCAACCACACCUGGUUCCUUUUGCUCCCUGGACCCAAUAGGACCGUACCAAGUGAAAAGUUUCAUCCCUACCCUUCCUCUGUUCCCUCGGUCCCCACCCUUCUCCCUAGUAGGUCAUUUGUUCGUUCAUUCAUUCGACAAAUAUUUAUUAAGUGCCUACUAGGUGCCAGGCACCAAGUUAGCCACAGUGGUAUGCAGCAGUGAACUAGGCCAGACAGCAAAGUCCCUGCCCUCCAGCUACUUCCGUUCGACUGGGGGAAAGAGACAGGCAGGAUGGAUGUCAGAAGUCGGCAAGUUACAUAAUGCAUUAGAAAGUGAUAUGUUCUACUGGGAAAACACAGAGCAGGGUAUGGGGGUCAGGAGUGCAGUAGGGCGGCCUGAGUUGAGAAGAUGUCAUUUGAGCAGAACUUGGAGGAAACUGUGUGGCUAUCAGAGGGUAGAGGUGUCCAGGCAGAGGGAACAGCCCCCAGGCAGGAGGCUGGCAUGUUCAGGGGACAGCAGGGAGACCAGUGUGCUGAGUGGGGUGUGGGGAGGGAGGUCAGAGGGUCAGUGGAGGGCUUUGGAACCAGAUGGGAGCCCGUGGAAGGUGCUGAGCCUGGGGGUAAUGUGACACUCCCUGGCUGCUGUGUCAGGAAUGGACUGUGGGGGCGGGCAGGGGACCAGCUAGGAAGGUACUGCAGAAGCUGAGAGGUGAUGAGGUGACCAGUGGGAGUGAGUGAUGAGGAGUGGCCAGGGUGGCAAACACCUUUCUUAAUGUCUGGUGUUGAUUCUAAAGUUAUUUUAUGCAAAUACAUGCAAAUGAGAAACCUUAUUUCCCUUCAUUUCAAGGUAGCUUACUACAUACCUGAGACUGUCUGGCCUCAUCCCAGAGUGAUACAGAGGCCCAGAGAUGGCCAGGGAGCUGGGGGCAGCUGCUGUGUUCCCUCUCCUAUGUGGCUGGGGGAAGGCCAAUGGCACAGCUCUCUGGGGGCCAUCGGACACUCUCCAGAAAUUCCAAAUGCACCCACACUUUAACCCAGCAAGCCUAUUUAUAGACUCUAUCAUACAGAUACACCUGUGCACUGCAAAACAGCUCCGUGCAAGGCUUCUGUACGUUGUUUAUAGUAGUAGUGAGAGGGUAGCUGCCACCCCAGUCUCUACAGUAGGAGUUUGGUUAAAUGAAUGGCAGCAUAUUCGUAUGUACCUUUCCGCCCUGGGGGCCUGAGUUCCAGUUCUGCUGCAGUUCUCCUGCCUGGCCGGCCCCCUGUGCUCCUGCAGCCACCUCCCACCUUGCCCUUGGUGCUGGGCUGGCCUGGGUGCUGUCCAUGCCUGUGGUGCUGAAGACUAUGGGGCUGGAGGGAGGCCGGUGCUGUGAACCUGAGACCAAGAGUAGAGAAGCGGAGGUAGAGCAGGGGGAUGUUCAGGGUUCAAUGCCUGGCGCUGCUACUCAGGAGCUGAAUGACUUUGGGCAAGUUGUUUAACCUCUCUGACCCUCAGUGUCCUUAUCUACAAAAUGGGUUGCUGUGAAGAUUGAAUGGCAGCAGCAAUGUAAAGCCUUGGCACAUUGAUAAAAUAAAUGGCAAUUUUUAGUGUAUCAUUUUAGAGACAGCAAAGCAUAGUGGUUAAGCUUCUGGGCACCAGAGCGACGAUGCCUGGAUUUGAAUCUUGGCUCUGCCACUUACUGGAUGGAUGAUCUUGAGCAAGUGAUAUGACUGCUCUGUGCCUCAGUUUCCUCAUCUGUAAAUUGGGGCCAACGAUAGUCCCCAUGUCAUAGGAUAUUGUGAGGAUUCAAUGAGUUCACUUACAUGAGGCACUUGGCAUAUGACAGGGGUUCCCUAAGUGUUAGCAAUUUAUCAUCACUUUCCUCCCUGUCAUCAUCGUGAGUCUCAUGACAGCACUCCAGCCUCUCUGUUCACAGUGACCAGGGUUACUCACAGCCACUCCCAUCUGUGCUGUGCUUGGGGCCGGGGCUGUUAGAGGGAGACAGCACCUUGUCCCAUGGGUGCUCCAGCCUCUAGCCCGGCCCUGCCACUCUACGUGCCUUUGAGCCAAUAACUGUUCCUUUCCGGCCAUCAGACUCUGCAUCUAUAAAAUGGUGCGAAUGAUACUUCAUGCAGGUCCCUGAGAAAAUAGCUAUGUCCCUAUAGGGUCACAUUCAGGAAAGCCAAGAUAUAAAAAGUUACAAUUUCCCAAACACGUAGAGAAUUAAUCACUCGGCAUUUGUCACACCCUGGCUAAGUGCUGGGAAUAGCAAGAUGAUUAAGGCAUGGAUGGGGCUUGCUUUCAAGGAGUUCUUAGGUUUCUUGCUGGGUGGUUAAUCCCCUUCAAGGCCUAUUCAGGUGUCACCUUCUGCCGGAAGCCACCCUGAUCUCCACUGCCAUUCCAAGGACCCUCCUUGGAAAUGCUGGAGCACUGACUAUUGUCCUGUGUCGGUGUUUUCGCUGCCACCCUGCUUUGUAGACGCAUUCCCAUUUGUCUGGUGCACUGCUCUAACCUACACCCCAUGCCAACACCCAGCACAGUGCCUGGCCCGAGUGGGUUGCAAGUUACAUAAACCCAAGUCAAACGAGCUUAGUUAAGCCAAAAAGGAAGUGUAUUCAUUCAUGAAACAAAUGUCGAGGAGCAUAAUUGGCUUUAGAUGUGCCUGGAUCCAGGCUCAAAGUCAUCAGAAAUCUCUCCACCUUUCUCUCAUCUCUAUUUAGCUUUGUUGCUUUAUUCUCUAGCGGGUCCCCCCACCCCCUCUGCAUGGUGGCAAAGCCAACCCCCAGCAACUCCAGACUUGUGUCUCCUAGUUUUGCAUCCCAAGGUGAGAGGAUACCUCUUUCCUGAUGGCUAUAACAAAAGUCCUAGUCCUAGAUCUCUGUGGGUCACCUUCGGUCACUUGUUCAUCUCUGAACCAGUCACAGUGGCCUGGCAGAUGAUGGGAUGGGUCCACUGGUUGGCCAGGCCUGGGUGGAGACACCUGUGCUGAACCACAUGGGUGAGAGAGGGCCAUUACCCAAGGCAAGGGGCAUUGGUGCUGAGCGGGAGAAACAUCAUGUGCCCAUUCAAGCAACCAUGGAAAAUGCGUGAGCGAGUCAAGGAUUGGAUCAAAUCUGAUCGUAAAUCAGUUUCUCCAACCACGUACAUCAGAAGGACUGGGGGAGGAACGUAGAGGCGGGCGAGGGCAUGUGGAGGGGUGGAGGGUGGCUCAGUCACACAGGCCCCAGCCCCCGUUGCUUUACAGAGGAGCACAGUGAAGCAGGUGAGAGCGGUCUGAGGUGCUCCCUGUCCGCCCCCUGGGGCCUGGAAUACCAUCACAAGCCUGCGUUUGUUUUCCACAGGGAUUUGUGAAGUGAGGAGCAGUGACCAGUCAGUGGCAUCCUUCCAGGCCAGGGCUUUGCUAGGGAUACCCCUGGAGUUUGCCCACGCCAGGAGCACAGCAGCACCGGUCCAGCGCUCUGAGGGAGGGGACUGGACAUGGGGGCAGAGGAUCUUAGCAUCCCAGAGAGAGAACCAGAAAGGCCUGGCUGGCAUCACUAGAUCCGGCCUCGUCCCCACUGCUUCCCCAACAGAUGAGCAUCCAGCCUCUGCUUCUACCCCGCAGCGAGGACGCACUUCCGCCCCGCCGCGUCUUAUUUUGAGCCGCUGCCUGUCUGAUCUGGCUUUAGGGGCCUCGCAGGACACAGUGCGGAAGAGCGUGGGCUCUGAGGCCUGAUGGCCGGAGGUCAGUCCCAGCACUGCUAACUACUCACCUGGGCAGGUGCUCAGCCCCUCUGUGCCUCCGCAUCUGUCCCGGUCCAUUCUGUGCUGCUGUAACAGAAUAGCCUGGACUGGGUGAUCAUAAUUAACAGAAAUGUAUUUCUCACAGCACUGCAGGCUGGGAAGUCCAAGAUCAAGGUGCCGGCAUCUGGUGAGGACCUUCUUGCUAUAUCCUCUCAUGGUGGAAAGGAAAGAGAGAGGGAGGGAGGGACUGGCCAAAAGGGGCCAAAUUCGUUUUUUUCUAAGGAACCCUCUCCUGAGAUCAUGGCAGAGCCCUUGUGGCUGAACCAUCUCCUAAAGGUCCCACCUCUUAAUACGGUUACAAUGGCAAUUAAAUGUCAACAUGAGUUUUAGAGGGACAUUCAAACCAUAGCAGUAUCCCUUUCUGUAAAACAAGGAUAAUAAUAAUAGUCGUACCUACCGCUCAGGGUUGUGGUGAUUAUUCUAUGAUUGAAUCCACAGCACCUGGCAUGUGUUAAAUGCUCAGUAAACAUUUGCUAGGGUGAUUUUCCUCCUGCAAGACAGGAUAAGAGCAGGCCCCCUUCUCUUUGCAGGCUGGUCACCCUCCACCCACUCCUGUCACUGGGUUCUUGUCACUUGGUCCCCAGUGUUAUCCUGGUUAUCCUUCUCUGGCCACAUUCUGGGCAGUUGAACACAAUGAGGGUCAUAUCUUAGCUCUUUUGCUUACCUACGACAUAACCUCUGAGUUGGGGCAGUGCCUGCUGCUGAAACAAACAAGCUCCCAUCUCAGCAGCUAACACAAUAGAAGUUUCCUUCUGGCUCACGUGACAGUGAAGAGUGGGUAAUCCUCCUUGUCAUGAUUUGGGGACCUAGGCUCCUCCUGUCUUGUGGCUUCACCACCUUUUAUGGUUUGCAGUGCUCUGCAGCAAGCCAUCACGCAGAAGAAGAGAGACUAGAGGGAAGCUUCCCCAGUUCUUGGAAGCCCCAGGCAGGCAGGGACACACACCACUUCUGUUCACAGCCCCGUGGGGAAAGGCAGUCACGUGGCUGCCCCAGAUGCAAAGGAGGCUGAGAACGUAGUUCCCUGCUGGACAGCCACUUUCCAGCAGCGACUUUGUAGUAGAGAAGAGGAAACACACAUUUUUGGUGGACAGUGGCUGUCUCUGCUACGAUUGUGGGCAGAUCACCAACCUCUUGGGCCUCUGUGCUUCGUCUGUAACACAGCAUCGCUCGACCAUGGCGAGGGUUGCACAGCUCUGUACAUUUACUGAAAUCAUUGAAUCGUACGCUCCAUGGGCGAGUUUUGUGGUAUGUAAGUUACACCUCAAUUAAGCUGUUUUUUAAAGUUAGGAACCAUCUUGCCCCAGUCUUAGGGUUCUUGUGAGCCCUCAGUGAGAAACUUGGCCAAGCUGGCAGCACUGUGAUGUGUGGUGGGGACCUGGGGUUCCAAAGUAGGCCUGAGCUGGGUGAUGAGGUCACUGUAGUUGCAUACGGGUGGCUCCCAUGGCUCCCAGCUCCAGCCGCCCGGCAAGAGGAAGUGGUAGGCGGUUCGGUCUUGCCCCUCCCUUGGGAAACCCUCCCCAACCACGGUGGCCCUCCCAGCAUGUGGCAGAGCCACAACUUCUGCUGUGAAGUUGGGGGACCCCACCCGCGCUCAGCAGCACACAUAGCAGGUGGAGGCCUCCCUGGGGGCCAGUGAGGACACACGCUUGAGGUGCAAGGUGGGGGCCCAGCAGCUUGAGUGUGGGCGGGGGCGGGGCCGACUGCACGGCUCUAACAAGGUCAGCAGAGGCCUCCCCUGCUGGGUGUUGGCAAGUUCACAGCCAUCAAGCCCACAGCUGCUGCUGGAAGUGGGUGCAGUGACGAAAGUGAUGAUAAAAUACUUGGAGGAUCAAGUUCCCACUGAGACUCUGUCCUCUUCUUCCCUACUUGGCUACUAACGGAUGGGGGGAGAUGGUCCCAGCAUCCUUGGGAAAGCACAGUGAUCAAAAGCACCAACUUUGGAGCCAGUGCCGUUGCUAGCUGUGUGACCUUGGGCCAGUUGCAUAGUCUCUGUGCUUUGCUUUCCUCCUCUCCAAAGUGGGAAUGAUAAUAAUACCUGGUUCUUAGAGUUGUGAAGAUUGAGUUAGUCCUUAGAACAGGGACUAGCAUGCCGUACGUCCUAUAAAUGUUGGUGCCAUUAUUAUAACUGCUGUUGUUACUGUUUUCUUCAUCAUGUGGAUGUGGAAGCUGAAGCUCAGAGAAGUGGUGUGACUUGCUCAAGGUCACCCAGCUAACAAGUGGCGCACGUUAAGAUCAAGGCCAAUCCUGCAAGCCUCAAGGCCCGUGCUGUUCCCGUCACUCCCCACUGCGCCUCUCAAGUCACGUGUGUCGGAACUGGGUCAGAGGCAGCGUGUACCUGGGGGAUGACGCGCAGGCGUGUGGAUUAAUUCCUUGUCUCCUGCUGACACCUUGCAGAGAAUAGGCCUGAAGGGGGAAGGAGGGGUGGUGGGGAGAACCCCAAAACUGGACCCUACGGAACCAAGGAAAGAGAGGGUUGAACCUGGUCUAGCCCCUGCCUCUGGGGAGCUCUUGGCUCGUUGAUGGGACAGAGAGGGACACAGCUGAGACUACCCCUCCAGGACUUCCUGGAGGAGCAGGAGCUCAGAAUAAUGAGGCCGGGAAGAGUGAAACAGGCAGGAGAGGUUGGUCGGGAGCUGUGAGGAUAUGGAAUAGGGGACACCAGAGCUGUGGACCAGCUGUGUGGAGUAGUGGGCAGAGCGGGGGCUGCAGCUGGGGGGGAGGGGCACACGUGGGGCCCAAACCUGCCUACAUGGCUGUGCCCCGCCCCACCCAGGGCCUUCCCGGGCAGCUGAGGCCAUGGGUGCAGGGAGGAGCCAGGCACCCAGUCCCUGGGGGAGGGAGGGCUGGUAGCCACUGGCAGCUGCCAGUCCAGCGCCCAGCGAAUGCAGAAGAGCCCGAAGUGACCUGGUAGGGCCAAAGCCCAAGGCAGGAGAGCUGCACACAUGUGUACACAUGUGCUGCACGCACGUGGCCCGCCCACCUCAGCAGCCCUCGGGGAGUCCACACACCUCAGGAGAAGUAGGUCAGCAGAGCAGCCGGCGUCUGUCCCUGGCGGGCGGGGGAGGAGCUGGAGGCAAAGAGGGCUGUGCACUCAUCUGAACCCCCGGGGACAGCCCCACUCCACGCAGAAAGGGCCCAAGGACACUCUGGCCUGAGGAUGCUGCACAGGAACAGCCGUGCCCGUCUCUGCUGGCGUUGCGGCAGCUGCCUCCGUUUCCUAGCUCAGGAGCCUCCUCACCCAGGCUGGACGUUUGACUGUGGUUGGAAGAGCAGAUCUUUUCCAGCCCCUGAACCCAGGGAGAGACUGUCACGGAGAGAUGCCGCCCCACGGCAGCCCAGGGCAGACCCAGUGCUGUGCAGCCAGAGCUGGGACUGCAUGGAGACCUGGCGACAGGGGCCAUGUCCGCGUUCGGGUCAGCACGCCGAGGGUAGAGAGGAAGGGCACGCGGGACCGGGCUGCCGUGGGCCUGUGACGUGGGCUGGGGCAGGCUACAGACUAGACUCUCCGAGGACAGUAUGUGGCAUUUCAGCCAGAGUCCCUGGCACCCGUUCAGGUUGAAAUGACUAGGAAAGCAAAGGCAGGAGAAGAUGAGCGUGGGCUGCCCAGAGCCUGAGCCGCCCCACUCCCUGCCCUGCUGCGGGCCGGGGACCGCCCCUGGGCCUGGUGCUGGCGUGCCCCUUCUCACUGAAGACAUGCAGGCGCUGACCCUCCGCACACUGGCAGCCAGCGACGUCACCAAGCACUAUGAACUUGUCCGGGAACUGGGCAAAGGCACCUAUGGGAAGGUCGAUCUGGUGGCCUACAAGGGCACAGGCACCAAAAUGGCACUGAAGUUCGUGAACAAGAACAAAACCAAGCUGAAGAACUUCCUGCGGGAGGUGAGCAUCACCAACAGCCUGUCCUCCAGCCCUUUCAUCAUCAAGGUCUUUGACGUGGUCUUCGAGACGGAGGACUGCUACGUCUUCGCCCAGGAGUACGCGCCCGCUGGGGACCUGUUUGACAUCAUCCCUCCGCAGGUUGGGCUCCCCGAGGACACGGUGAAGCGCUGCGUGCAGCAGCUGGGCCUGGCGCUGGACUUCAUGCACGGGCGGCAGCUGGUGCACCGCGACAUCAAGCCCGAGAACGUGCUGCUGUUCGACCGCGAGUGCCGCCGCGUGAAGCUGGCCGACUUCGGCAUGACCCGCCGCGUGGGCUGCCGCGUGAAGCGCGUCAGCGGCACCAUCCCCUACACGGCGCCCGAGGUGUGCCAGGCGGGCCGCGCCGACGGCUUCGCGGUGGACACGGGCGUGGACGUGUGGGCCUUCGGCGUGCUCAUCUUCUGCGUGCUCACGGGCAACUUCCCGUGGGAGGCGGCGUCGGGCGCCGACGCCUUCUUCGAGGAGUUCGUGCGCUGGCAGCGGGGCCGCCUGCCGGGGCUGCCGUCGCAGUGGCGCCGCUUCACCGAGCCGGCGCUGCGCAUGUUCCAGCGGCUGCUGGCGCUCGAACCCGAGCGCCGCGGACCGGCCAAGGAGGUCUUCCGCUUCCUCAAGCACGAGCUCACGUCCGAGCUGCGGCGCCGGCCCUCGCACCGCGCGCGCAAGCCGCCCGGGGACCGCCUGCCCGCCGCCGGGCCGCUGCGCCUCGAGGCGCCCGGGCCGCUCAAGCGGACGGUGCUCACCGAGAGCGGCAGCGGCUCCCGGCCCGCGCCCCCUGCCGUCGGGCCGGUGCCGGUGCCCGUGCCCGUGCCGGUGCCCGUGCCCGUGCCGGUGCCCGAGGCCGGCCUGGCUCCGCCGGCACCCCCCGGCAGGACCGACGGCCGCCCGGACAAGAGCAAAGGGCAGGUGGUGCUGGCCACGGCCAUCGAGAUCUGCGUCUGAGCCGCCCCCGCCGCCCUCCCGGGGCGGGCACGCAGCGGGGGAGCCGCCCCGGGCCUGCUCCGAGCCGGUGCCGCGGCCGGCAGGAAAGCGACCGGCCCCCGCUGGGCUGGAGGGCGUUGCGGGUAGACUAGGCAGGACCGCUGGCUGCGGGUCCGGCCGUCCGGCCCGCGUGGGGCUGGGGAGAUAGCCACCAAAGACCUCCGAAGCCGCCUGGUGGGCGGGGCCGCGGCCCAGAGGAGCCCCGCCCCGCGGACCCGAGCAUUCAGAGCCCCGCCCACAACACACGCCAGGCGCGAGGGAGCGGCGGGGCCAGACUCCCGGACACCUCCCUGAGCCCUGGAACCCAACUAGUUGCUCCUUCUUGGCCCUCACACCCCUGGCAGAUCAUCCUGCAGUCCCACCCAAUUCCUGCACUCCCGGCCACCCCUCUCCCACCCUGGGCACAGAAAGGGACUGAAACGUUGGGCAAGGAAGGGGCUUAAAGCCCCUCCCCUCCCCCAGGCACUGGCUGGGAGCAAGGCAACGAGGGGAGGCAGCCGCCAAGCCCUGGAAAAUGUAGCAAAUGUCUGGUUGUCGCAUAGGUGUGUUUGUAUGUACGGGCCCCAAGAAUCUAGUGACCCCCACGCCCCCAUUCCACCGGCGAGGACAUUGAGCCCAGUAAGGAAGGCAGCUUGCGGUGGGCCAGUAGCCACUGAGAGGCAGAGCUCUCUCCCAUCCCCUCCGGCCCAAGGGACUGUCCUGACAAGUCCCCGGGAUAGAAGGGCUCUCGUGGCAGGGGUCUCGCUGCCCUGCAUCCUUAGGGCCAGGAGCAAGUGCAGAGCCAGGGGCUGGGCCCAGCCCCCCUGCCAGCUGCAUCUUCUCCAGGCCCUGGGGCCUCUUCCAGUCCUCACUGCCCCAGCCUGGACAGAGCAGCUUGGGCUUCCAGCAGGCAGGAGGGGACUUAUGCCAGGAAUUUCUUCUGAGAUUUUAUUGGGGUCAAACAAGCCACCCUCCAAUGCCAGGCUGACCCCAUCAUCCUCAAUCUACCAUGUUUCUGGUACUGGAGUGGCAGGAGGCAGGAGCCGUGUGUGUGGGCACGAGAACGGGGGGCCAUGGACGUGUGAAAACAGGUGUGCGCAGCCAUGUGUGUUCCCGUGACUGCGCGUCCCAAUGCCUCAGCCACUGCCCUCUGGCCAGGUUUCUCACCAGGCCGUGGUCAGAGGGUGGCCAGGCCUGCAGUUCCCCCGCCCUCAGGGAAUCCGGCAGGGUGUGCCUGCUGGUUGGUCCAGGCCCCCAGGCAGCAAAACAGACAGGAGGAACCAGCCUCACCCAGCGCUCCCUCAUGGGGACCUCCUGCCCUCUCUGUAGUGGCCUGGGACCCUACAAUAACCUCAGCACAGGUGAAGCUGGCCUCUGUGUCUGACAGUGCCCUAGCAACUGUCCUGGGCUGCCCCUGCCUGGGUCCCUCCUGGGGUUCUGGGGCAUUUGAGGGGCCUCCUUGGUGGACCAGGCUGGCCAGAGUGGACAUCCAUCACUUUCUGGCCUGGAGCCCCCACCUCUCUGCUCACCCUUCAUUCCCACCUCGAACAAGGGCUAUAGGUCCCCCUGCCCUGCCCGGGUCCAGUUUACAAACAGUGUGCGGUUGCCCCAGGGCCUGGCCCCUCUCCCAGGUAUGCCCACUCCUCUCAAGACCCCACCUCCCCAUGGGCAUGGGGUCCUCCACAUGCCAGGUAAGUAGCAGACCCCCCCUCCCACCAAGGGCCAAGUCUCCGAGAAGGCCCUGUCACUGCCCCAGCCCACCUGAAGCCCAGCCGGGCCAUCUCUCCCAGCCGCGACUUCUCCUUUUGCCUUAGGCCUCGCGACAUCCUGAUCUCUCCUGCAAUAACAAGGAAGCGAGAUUCCACAGUAGAUGUCCCUUGCGUGCACACCCCCCUCUCUUUGUUAAGAUCCUGUUUGGGAGUCGACUCCCUUGUCGUAGUACCUAGUAUGUUAGAGUCGGGAAGGGACCGUAGUGAUGUAGCUCAGCCCUCAUUUGCAGAGGGGCCAGGAGGGCGGCGACAAGCCUGACCCAAGGGCAGAACCGGAUCGCAGGUCAGGGCUCUGCCGCUGCCUCCUCUGCUGGUCGGGCUGGGACCCUUUGCCCCCUUAGGAGAGGUGUUGGUCACAGAUGUUUACCUCAGUUUAUGUCACUGUCGAAGAAACAAAAAAUAAUAGCAAAAAAUAACACCGUAGACAUGAAGACUUAGAAGACAAUAAAACACACACACACAAUCUCCCCCCUUGCGAUUUCUCUGUGAAGGUACAGUGUGUAUGUUUGUGUGUGUGUGCGCGUGCGUCUAUCCCGCCCCGGGCAGGCCAGGUCAUCUCCGGCCUCUGUCCCAGCUCCUGUGUCCCCCAUACUGCCCCUGUCCUCCGGUGCUUCCCAGAGGCCCCUCUGAGCUGGCCUGUGGGGUGUGGGGAGCCCCUGGGCGGGAGGCGGGGCCACAGGUCAGCUAGAGGGUCUCCCACCAGGCCCACUGAGCAGAGCCCCAAGGCUGCCUGAUACUCCCUGAGCCCGUGCUGUGGCCGGUGGGACAGUCCUGGUGGCUGGCAUCAGCAUCCGAGCCUGGCUCAGGGCCUGGGGCAGGGGUCUGGGUGGAAUCCCAGAAGUCCCAAAGCCCCAGACCCUCAUGUCUUGCCACGCCCCACCCCAUGUGUUUAUAAAUACUCUGGCAGCCUUUGGCCCUGAGAAGGUUUUUAAAUGUGUUAUUUACUUCUCUAAACAUGACAAUUGCUAAAAAAUAAACAAAAGUUUAGAAAAAUUA